UGUCUGUGGCAAACAUCAUAAAAUUAUCGAAGUUGCACGCAAGGCGAUUGUUAUUUUAUACAUUUAUAAGAGGUGUCGUAAUUUAAAAAUUUAAAUUGGAUUAGAAAGUGAGACUAUCUCUUCUAGAAAAAUUGUGUUUUUAUCAUGCGACAUAAAAGCUGACGUUAUGUGGCAGCUACUAAUUGGAUUACAAUAGCCAAGUUAUGAUUCCCUUUCACGAUUUGAAACUAAUUUCGUAACAUUAAAUGGCAACGAAUUAAAACGUAUAAACAUGGAUGGAACAAAUGGAUCGACAGACUUGCCGCCCGUUAAAGAAGAGACGUUUUGUAAAUACGUUUUAUACUAUGAGAUGAACAAUUCAAGAGUCCGCAUUUGGGAUUUGAUAAUAUUGAUACCGAACGCCUUAUUCGUGCUUUUCCUAGUGGUUAGGUUUAAUAAAGCCCAGUUGAAGUUACGAGCUACAAGUAGCCCUAUUUUCUUAACAUUCUACUCGUUGGUUUGGGGCAACGUGAUCAUCAGUCUAAUAAGAUGCGUAGUAUCGAUGACCGUCAAUGCUGCAAUGCCUGUUGGUGGAACAAUCGACAAAAUAUUAUGGGUCACAGUGAGAUUUUUUCUUCUUGCAACCGAAAUGAGUGUGGUUAUAUUUGGUUUGGCUUUUGGUCACAUGGAUAGUCGUAGCAGUAUCAGAUAUGUGUUGCUGGCAACUUCGUUUAUAUCUCUCGCCUUCACCGUUACACAGGGAACACUCGAAUUUAUUAUGCCCAAUGAUAUGUUCCACAUUGAUACGAGAGAAUAUGAUUUAUUUGGACAUGGAGGGAUGUUGUUUUGGUUCACAUCAUCACUGGUGUUUGCUGUGAUAUAUUUUGUGAUAUUAUUAUUGCCGUGGAUACCUCUAAGGGAAUAUUUAGCCUUACCAACGAAGCUGUCCUUCUACCUGUACGUUUUGCUGCUCGCGCUGCUGGACAGCACGCAAGCGGUGGGAGCGGCGCUGCUCACGUGGGGCUCCGUCCCGUCCGGCCUUUGCGUCGUCGACGUCACGACGUGGCUCUACUUCUCGCUCUACACGCCGCUUGUCUAUCACACGUUUCUGAGCGAAUUCUUCAGUGUAUCGCAACCCAGCAUCAUGUUCUCGUACAAGGCGCAGAUGGAUGAACCCAUGGACGACGAUCAAGUGUCGCUGCCUCAUCAACAGAGCUUCAGCUCGCUGAAAACUGACUCCGAUUAUAUCUACCAGUUAUUGUUCCAGCAGAGCAAUAGCGUAUACGACAGCACGCUCUUUGAAGCGGGAGGGACUACUCCAAUGAACCCAGUGUACAGCGCCUCUCUGCAAAGCCCCGACUCAAUAGCCUCAGGACAAUCCAUAGACAUCGGGGUACCAACAUCAGGAUUCCAAAGUCAAAACAUGCUCUCAACAUAACAAACAAAAUAUAGAUUAUAAAAUUACCUUACAUUAAUUUCACACAUCCAAAGAGAAAUAAAUACUAAUUAUAAUUUAAGAGUAUAUAGGCGUAUACGGUAUAAUUUUUCAAAGUAUUUCUUGAGUGUAGUUUUCUUUAUCAGAAUCUCGUGUUGUGUUGUUUUUUCCUCGUUCCCACGAGCUUGUGAUAGCUUGUAGCUAGUGAAGGUGGGCGAGACAGUUAAAUCCCACUUCUGCUUUUAAAAACUUUAGAGUCUAUGUAAUGGAUCCAUCCACAUUUUCAUUCUAGGUUAAGGCUGAUACAGCAUCUUAUAUUUAUACGACACCGAAGUAAAUUAAUAAUGUCUGGUAAUUUAACACCAAAACAUAAUUUAGUAUAUACCUAUUUAAGAAAAUUAAUAAAUCGCAAUCUAAUCUAAGAAUCAACUGUAUCAGUUAAAAACUUGCAAUAAAUUUUCGUACAUUGAAUCGUUAGUUAGCGUAAGCUCCACGUUUAAAGAAAACAUGCCUGCAAGGCGAGGUCGGCACGGAAAUUCUUUACAGGAAAAAAUUUAAUACAGUUAAAUUAUGCAUGAAACAUGACACACUUGCGACUGCGUUUUGUGUGGUUGAUGGUACUCGUAAACUUUAUCGACUCAAAUUUAGGCAUUGAAAUGUGAGCUUUAACCUGUGUGAUAUAUGUUGUGAUUGAAGUUAAUGACGCAACGAGUUGUCCAUUC